GUAAAAUUAAAAAACAUGGAAACAUAACACGACAAAUAUCUUAACAUAGUGUUCAUUCAAAAUUCGAGAUAAUCAGCGAGUUCAGUUCGUUCAUAAGCCGCGGUUUUUAAAAGGGUAGCAGACGAUGUCGAAUAAGUUAUUAUUUGGUAAAGCUCUUACCUCAUACGACGAUGAAGAUAUUGAUGAAUUGUUGUCUAAGCUAACACCAGAGGAGCUGGAGCAGCUUAAUGAUGACUUUGAUCCCGACAACUCACUGCUUCCUCCUUCACAGAGGUGUCGUGACCAGACUACCAAAACCCCAACGGGACCUUAUGAUCGUGAAAAAUUACUAAGAUAUCUCAUUGAAAAGGCCAAAGCCGAAAGGGAUUGGGAAGAAGCUGUGCCUUAUGAAAAAAAGAAAAGGGGAAAAGUCUAUACACCAAAACAAACUAUUUCACCGAGCACGCAAAACGAAUUAAUUGAAAUGGGUUUCGAUGUAGAGCUUGAUGAUGAUGUAAAUAAGGCUCUUGAAAAUGCUACUGAAGAUGAACUUGUUGAUUUGGCUGCUGUCCUGGGUUUUACUGGGAUGUUGAAUCAAGUACAGUUCCACGCUAGUUUAGAAGGACGUAAAUUGGAAAUGGGUGGAUUCUCUGGUGUGGCUAAAGCUGAACGUCCUAAAGUCGUGCCGGAUGAGCCACCUAAUAUGACAGAUGUAGAGGAUAGUAUAAAGAAAUUGGAAAAUAACAGUAAAGAACUAACUAAAUUAAAUUUAAACAAUAUCAAAACAAUAAGUGCUGAAGCAGUACAACGCUUAUGUGCCGCUCUUACAAAGAAUAACCAGUUAAUUGAAUUGCAUAUGGCAGCAACACGUUUAACAAACUCAAUGGUUGAACCGUUCUUUGAUAUGUUGCAAAAAAAUACUGUAUUAAAAGUAUUAAAUUUGGAGUCGAACUUUUUGACUGGUUAGUCGAAAACAUUAUAUUUACUGUGAACAAAUAUUAAAAUUACAAGCGGAAUUUGACAUGUCUCAAUUCAUAAGAAUAAAUUCAGUCAUUAGUAGACGUAAACAUAUUGCCAUAACGUAUCAAGAACUAUAGAAGUGUAAUAUGUGCCAAAAUACCACAAUGAAAUAGCAGAUUCGAAGCAUCUUACAUUCGAUUAGGUGUUAUCCUCGUUCGUUUAUUGGAGUCAAUUAGCCAUGAAAAAAGUGGAAUAACCGAUUUGCAUUUAGCUAAUCAACGUCAAUCUGUGCUCGGUGUAAAAAUUGAACAAAAUUUGACCGAAUUAAUUCUAGCCAAUCCCCGUUUAGUUCGUCUGGGCUUAGAUUUAGAGACUAGCGAUGCACGUGUACGUACCAGGGAACAUGUCAAAUUUAAUUUAGAUCGUGUUUCUCGGCAACUACGGCGUAAUAAAAAUUAAAUUUUUAUGUGAAUAUAUAAGUACGUUUGAACAUUUUACUGAUUUUCACUUUAAUUUGCCUUUAAUUUACCUACUUAUUUUUCCCAUGUAUUUUGCUUCUGUAAGCUACAGAAUUAGCCUAGUAUUAUUAAGUUGGUUUACAUGUGCACAUUUAUUUGUGUAUAUCCUGUUAUUCUUUUCAGUUUGGUCUGUUUGUGUUAGUCGAUUUCACUGUUGUAAUGCAUCUGUUAACAUAAUUUCAAAAUGUAUAUCUGGCUUUGUUUAGUCAUCGUUACUAAUAUAUACUCAUGAUGAACACAUCACCAUAUUAUGAGUCCAAAAUAAUAAAAAUCAUCUAAAUUCUUAUAAUUGUUGCUUCCUUCAUGUUCAUAAUCGAAAAAUAGCCACUUCAAGGUAGUCAAGAUUUACACUUCCAUUUGAUUUUGCUUCUAAUGUGUUUCUAUCGUGAGUUGAAAGUUCGAAUGAUACGAUUGUCGUUGCUUAACAUCUUCCUAUAUUUUACUUACUGUCUUCCAUUUGGUUACAUGCAUUCUGUAUUUAAAUACAAAUAAAUUAGUCUUCUUAGUCACAAAUUUAA